UGAUAAAUUGUUGUGUGAUAAAGUUAGAUAGAGUCCGCCAAAGACAGUCAUGGAGACGUACACCAACUUGUCGGAGUCUUUAUAGGGAUGUUGUUUUUGCAAUAAGAUUAUUUUCCUUUCAAUUUUCUCAGGGUGUAUUUGUAAGUAUUUAACCGUCAAAUUAUAGCGGCAUGCUGUUCUGUAUAUGCACGGGUGCAGUAUUGUGCUGGCCGCCCACACUUGCGCAGUUAUUGAAGAAUGCGUUUUAAGAACUAGUUUGGGUGCCUAAAUUUGGAUUUGUCUUAUAUACGAGUUUCACGAACAGAUUAUAGUUUCGGAAAUAUGUGUCGGUGGCAGUGGGACGUGGGAUUAGUAAUACUUUUGCUGAUGAGUAACGCACGGCCAGCUUGCGGUGGUGGCACCGCUGCCGAUGCCCUGAAUGGAACACAAAGGCAGUGGAAUGGGACCGAAAGGACACCUUUCCAACAUGAUCAUGCCAAUAACAGCAAAAAGACUUUCCCUGUCCUCAGUUUCAAUUACGACCACGUCCGGACACACUUCCAGAUCUCACUCUGGAUCCUGCUGGCUUUCCUGAUGAAACUGGGUCUCCAGCUAAUCCCACGGCUGUCCAGCAUCGUGCCCGAGAGCUGCCUGCUUAUUGUAGUGGGGCUCCUUGUGGGUCUGGUCAUCCAGGUGGUGGGGGAGGAGCCUCCGGUGCUGGAUUCAGAGUUCUUCUUCCUGUGCCUUUUGCCGCCCAUCAUCCUGGAUGCCGGGUAUUUCCUGCCCUUGCGGCCCUUCAUGGAGAACCUGGGCACCAUCCUGAUGUUUGCGGUGCUGGGCACCCUGUGGAACGCCUUCUUCGUGGGCGGGCUCUUGUAUGGCGUGUGCCAGGUGGACAGUGCGCACCUGGCCGGCGUGGACCUGCUGGCUUGCCUGCUCUUCGGCUCCAUGGUGUCGGCCGUGGACCCCGUGGCCGUGCUGGCCGUGUUCGAGGAGAUUCACAUCAACGAGCUUCUGUUCAUCCUGGUGUUCGGGGAAUCACUGCUGAACGAUGCCGUAACCGUGGUUCUGUACCACCUUCUUGAGGAGUAUGCGGGUGUGGGUUCUGUCAGCGCGCAGGAUGUAGGCCUAGGCGUGCUCAGCUUCCUGGUGGUGUCACUGGGAGGGGUUCUGGUCGGCGCCAUUUUUGGCGUCAUGGCUGCCUUCACCUCCCGCUUCACCCUGCACAACCGUGUCAUCGAGCCGCUCUUCGUCUUCCUAUACAGCUACAUGGCCUACCUCUCCGCGGAGGUCUUCCAUCUGAGUGGCAUCAUGGCGCUGAUUGCGUGCGGGGCAACCAUGCACCCAUAUGUGGAAGCCAACGUGUCUCACAAGUCUCACACCACCAUCAAGUACUUCCUGAAGAUGUGGAGCAGCGUGAGUGAGACGCUUAUCUUCAUCUUCCUCGGUGUGUCCACGGUGGCUGGACCGCACCUAUGGAACUGGACCUUCGUCACCGUCACGAUCCUCCUCUGCCUCGUGGCCCGUGUGCUAGGUGUGGUUGGCCUGACAUUCAUCAUCAAUAAGUUUCGCGUGAUCAAGCUGACCACCAAGGACCAGUUUAUUGUGGCGUACGGUGGCCUGAGGGGGGCAAUCGCCUUCUCCCUGGGUUUCCUGCUUAAGAAGGAGCACUUUCCAAUGAGGAACCUCUUCCUGACUGCCAUCAUCACACUGAUCUUUUUCACGGUGUUUGUGCAGGGCAUGACCAUUCGGCCACUGGUAGACCUUCUGGCAGUGAAGCGGAAGCAAGGCUCCAAGCAUUCCAUCAACGAGGAGAUCCACACCCAGGUUCUGGACCAUCUGCUGACAGGUGUCGCACAUGUCUGUGGGCAGUACGGCCAUCACCACUGGAGGGACAAAUUAACCCGCUUGGAUAAGCAGUAUGUGAAGAAGUGGCUGAUUGCGGGCGAGCGGUCCGAGGAGCCCCAGCUUAUUGCCUUCUACAGAACGCUGGCCGUAAACCAAGCUUUGGAGCUGCUGGAGAGUGGGGGUGAUAUGCUGCCCUCUGCUGGCCCCUCCACAAACUCCUUGGAGACCUUGAAGUCAAAGAUCCAAGAGAAUGACCAGUCAUUGGCAAGGAUCUCAAAACAGCGGAAGGAGGAGAUUAGAAGAAUCCUGCGUAUGACCCUGCAAAAUACAGAGCAGAAGCUUCACUCCUAUAGCCAACACACCCAGGAUGAAGCCUGGACUUUGCAAAUCCUCCACCGGAAGCAGGCAGAGAUGGGGAGAAAGAUAAGCAUCUUCCUUGCUGAUGCAGCCAAGCUGCAGGUCUCCCCUGUGCAGCGCAGAGCAAGGCUGGCCUCUGCUCCCCAGAUCCACAUCUCUCGCCCCUGAACAAUCAUUCCUCAGAGGUAGUUGUGAUGUUGGCCUGGGUCCCUGCCAGUCCUGAUGUUCCCUCUGUCCACCCGCCCGUGAGAAGGUUCCCAGCGUGUUCCUGUAGCAGAGAGACACCGAAAAAGGCCGCCAUUCUAACCCAGGCCCCAACACAGGGAGGUCAUCAGGAGCUGCACUGACGAAAACAAGUUUGAAAUAUGACAAAAGAUUGUCUCAAACAAAAAGCCACAUGUCAAAAGAGUGUCUAAAACAGGGGUCUCCAACUCCGGUCCUGGAGAGCUACUAUCCAGUAGGUUUUCUGUCCCACUUGGCUUCUGAUGAGCCACACCUGUUCCUGGUAUUUACCUGAGAAGGUGUGGUUCAUCAGAAGCCAGGUAGGAUAGAAAACCUAAUGGACGGUAGCUCUCCAGGACCGGAGUUGGAGACCCCUGGUCUAAAAGCAGUCCUAUUGUAUUCCUACAUUCCAAAUUCAGUUAAUCUUUGACUUUUUGGUUGACCAAGUUUGGACUAAAAAAGUGCAGGUAAAUAUUGGCUGCCAGCCCACGAGCAUGUGCACUGUGAGUUACCGAGCACAACGUGGGUCCCGAGCAUGUGCACUGUGAGUUACAACGUGGGUCCCGAGUGGGGGCUUCAUCUCAGCUCCAGGACCUCUGCCUCAGCAGACCGCACUCUGCCACCCAAUAGAAUUACACUUAAAAUGUAUUUCAGUUAAACUUUGGAAUAAAUGCAUAUAUUACUUUAUUUGUAUUUUAAAGGUUGGUUGAUUUUAUUAUUUUUUUUUUACACAUGCAUUAGCCUAAAUUAAUAUGUUUUGCUUAUCUGACUUUUGAUAAAGGGUAAAACUGUGCCACACAUGCAUAGAAAAAUCCACUUUUUGGCCACUGAAAUGGAUGAGGUUACCUUCUGGACCAUUAAACUCAUCUAAUAGCUGUAUAGAGUUUGAUGUAUUAGAACAUUUUGCAUUGUUACAUGUUUAGGUAAUUAAUGGUGUAUUAUUGCUGUGUAUGUGACAUCAUUCAAAGCCAGUGUGCUGCCCCUCCUUAUGUAAUGGUGGUGCAGGUCUCUGUCUUCAUGGCCUCAGGUACCCCACAGUUUACAAGUUGAGCACUGGCCAAAACUACGGCCAGCUGGAUUUUGAAGCAGUAUUGCACUCCCCUGAAGAAAGACCUGUCCCAGAACUGUGUUUGGUUACUGAUUUAAAAAUAUGUAGUUUUCAGGGAGAGAUGUGGAUGCAUGUUUUGUAGUGGUGAACUCCGUUCUCCAGCAGUGGAUAUCUGGUCCCUGUGAGGGGUGGCUUUAGCGGGAAUAUAACAACUCAGUAUUAUGAGCUCAUUCAUAUAUAGCGGCCAGAGGCACCCUUACACUGGUUUACCAGUGACCAAUCAGACCUUUGUGAUCAGGACUCACUCUAUCUGUUCAGUGUCCCAGUGUAAACCCUGGUGUGGUCCCAUGCUGAGCAGAGGAAAUCUGAACAGCAUUAUUAUGUGUACAGUACAUGUGGAUGUUAUAAAUAAGGCUGAAAGCUGGACAAGCAGUCUACAAGAGUAAUAUGUAACAUUUUUUGGUCUUUAAUGGUUAAUAAAUGAUACCUCACCAUGUAGUUUACCUGUAUUUAUUGACUGAUGCAUGAACUCAUUGACUGAUAAUUUUGUUUUUUGCAAGAUAUAAAUUACAUUUAUUAGAAAGUAGUUUUGUCAUACAUUAACGAAACAAAUAUAAGUUGAUUACAAAUUACACAAAAUUACAUUUUAAGACUUAACUGUCAAAAUGUCACUGCCUAAUCUUCCCGCAAAAUUUAUCAUACUUGUACUUAUGCUUUUAUAUUACAAUUUGCAAUGCUAUAAUAAAAAUCUGAUUAAUGAA